UUCUUCUUCAUCCCCGCACUCGAUUUUUCUUCCGUCUACAAAAUCUCCACACACCCAAAAGUUAGAGUUUAUUUAGAACGCCCAAAUCGACACACAUGAAAUCAACACACCCAAAACGCUUUCCUUCUUCCCGUGCGAUUGUACCCAAAAGUUAGGGUUUGCGUAGAACCCCAAAUCAACACAUCCAAAUCGGUCCCUUCACGCUGUGGAGAAGAGAAUUUUCUGCUGGUGGUUCUACGUUGUGAUUUUUCUGCCGGUGGUUCUACGCUGCCGCUGAUGGUUCUAUGUUGCUGCUUCGACGUGCAAACCCCCUUUCGUCUUCUUCGUAUGGUCUUCGAGAUAUCUCAAUCUUCUGCACUUCUUUACAGGCAUGGCUUCCACUUAGUACCCUCCAUAAGGCUUUUCUCUAACUUCAAACCCAAAACCCAAUCGUCCACGAACUUACCUAAACCUCCAAAACUAUUGGACCUCAUUUCUCCAAAGGGAAAUUUCGCCAAUGAAAAUCGCCAAACCCAUCUUCGCCUCAUUCAGGACUUUUUACAAACAGAUUCGGAUCAAUGUCGAUCUCAGACCCUUUCCGACGGUUUUGAUUCUCAUUCAAUUGUUCCAUCCAAGGAUUCCUCCUCUGUUCUUUAUCAAGAACGUGAAUCUGGUCAUUGGGAUCUGCAAUUAUUCGCAGGAAGAUUUAAAUUUGAUGCGAACGAUAUAUCCAGCGUUUUGAGUUUGUGCAGUUCUCAGCUCAAUCUUCGUGGUGGAAUUCAGUAUCAUUCUGUGGCGAUACGAACUGGGUUUAUUGCUAAUGUGUAUGUAGGAAGUUCGCUGGUGAGUUUAUACGGGAAAUGUGGGGAGCUGAGUAAUGCAUAUCAGGUGUUUGAAGAAAUGCCUGUGAGAAAUGUUGUGUCAUGGACAGCCAUUAUUUCUGGGUUUGCUGUGGAAUGGCAUGUUGAUAUGUGCUUGAAGCUUUUUCAACAGAUGAAAAGAAUGGCAUUGCAACCCAAUGAAUUUACUUUUGCCACCAUAUUGAGCGCUUGCACUGGCAGUGGAGCCCUUGGAUUAGGAAGAAGCCUCCACUGUCAAACAUUCAAAAUGGGCUUUGAUUCUUAUCUCCAUGUUGCAAAUGCUUUGAUCUCAAUGUACUGUAAAUGUGGAGCUCUUAACUUUGCAUUAUACAUAUUUGAAGCCAUGGAAGUCAAAGACAUUGUUUCAUGGAAUUCCAUGAUUGCAGGUUAUGCUCAGCAUGGACUUUCUCUGCAAGCCAUUGAUCUUUAUAUAACAAUGAGGAAGCAGAAGCAAGUGGAAGCCGAUGCCAUCACUUUCCUUGGUGUUCUGUCCUCAUGUAGACAUGCAGGGCUUGUGGAAGAGGGCAAAUACUACUUCAAUCUUAUGGUCGAGCUCGGUGUGAAACCAGAAUUGGAUCAUUAUGCAUGUGUUAUCGAUCUGCUUGGCCGAGCUGGACUACUAAAAGAGGCUCAAAACUUCAUUGAGGAGAUGCCCAUAUCUCCCAAUUCAAUUGUUUGGGGAUCACUUCUCUCUGCUUGCAGGCUUCAUGGGAAUGUCUGGAUAGGAUUGAAGGCUGCAGAGAGUAGAUUGUUGUUGCAACCCGAUUGCGCAUCGACACACUUGCAAAUGGCUAAUCUGUAUGCAAAAGCAGGGUACUUGAAUGAUGCUGCAAGAUUGAGGAAGAUGAUGAAAGACAAAGGGCUGAAGACUACACCUGGAUACAGCUGGAUUGAGAUUCAGAAUAAAGUUUACAGAUUCAAAGCAGAAGAUAAGUCAAACCCUGUAAUGGUUGAGAUUCUCGGUCUCAUGGAUGGCAUAAUGAAUCACAUGAGAUUUAUAGGAUAUUUUCAUGAAGUGGAGGACGAAGUUGAUGAUAUUUUCCUAGCAACAUCCUGAAAGCUGAAACUUGUUUGUUUAUUUCUUCCGAAGAUAACUUGAAAUGUAGGGUUGAUUAUGCCAUGAAGGUUAUUUAUAGAUGACUUAUACAAAUUUUGUCAAUAUAAGAAUAUUAUUUUUUAAAUGUCUCAGAAAAAAUUGGUUAUUCAUCUUUAGACCUUAAUAAAGUUUUGAUUAAAUAACAAGUUUAGGUUUAUAUCAUUUUGGUCCGUAAACUUUAAGGAGUGUUUAAUAAGUUUUAACUUUCAAUUUUGUUAAGGACUUCAUCUU